UUUCUCCCAUUUUGCUUCUUUGGGUCGCUGCUGGUGUUUCUCAGUGAUGUGAUGCUGUGCUGCUAGACUGCACUUGUCUCUCUCGACUCCCCAUUAACCUGCCGGAAUCAUCGACGAUCUGCUGUGCUGGGAUCGAGUCGUCGUCGUCCACCGUGAGAAGCUACUCUGGGUUUUGGCUGGUCGUGGUGCUGAGUCGGAGCAGAACUAUUGCCGUGAAUACUCUUCCGCUGGUUGCUGGUGCUAGAGUUCAGACAAGAAAGCAAGAUGGAAAGAAACACGAGUAACAAACUAGAAGUAGAUCCUAAUUCAAAUGGAGGCAGCUUGCAUCCAUACUAUACCCACACGAGGCAUCACGCUCCCUUCGUGGAUAUGUUGAAAAGCUUGGAUGAUCCGUCGGCAUGGAAAAAUUCAGACAUCGGUUUAGGGACUAAAGUUAUCGAAUUACGGUCAACAGGUGUUCCAGAGGUUCGCAAUGAUGACAAACAUAGGCAUCCUGCAGAGGUAUCCCAAUCAGCGAUGGCAGAAGUCUAUAGACAAGAGCAGAUACAUUCAAUGGAUGGUGUCUCGAUUCUGCUACCAACAUCGACAGACUAUGCUACACCUCCGUCCCAGCAAGUUUGCCUCCCGAUUGCAUGUGGACCAUAUGAAUAUUCUGAGCAAUACCAUGAUGGAGUUACGCCGGCAUAUGGACCUCAGAUAUCGGCACGUUCUCAGUAUCUCGGGGUCAAUUCCUUGAGAUUGGUGUUGCCUAUGGCGGAGGAACCUGUUUAUGUGAAUGCCAAGCAGUACCAUGGUAUUUUGAGGCGAAGGCAGUCGCGAGCCAAGGCUGAGCUGGAGAGGAAGUUGAUUAGAGCGAGAAAGCCCUAUCUUCACGAGUCCCGACAUCUGCAUGCUAUGAGAAGAGCAAGAGGCUGUGGAGGCCGCUUUUUAAAUACCAAGAAGCUAGACAAUGCUGCAACUAAUCCAACUUCUGAAGGUAGCAUCGGCAGCGAUUCUAGGAGAACUGGUUCAGCCAAUGAAUCCAAUCUGUCGAGCUCCAAACCGGCACCUUCCUUGCUAUCUUCGAACAAGGACCCGUCGACCAGUCUCAUUAGCAAAGAAAAUCUGCCUCGUGCUCAAAAUGCGCUUCAUACGUGGGCAAACCAUAGUGGUAACUGCAUCACCCGUUUCCCGAAUCAUACAUGAUUUCACUUGUCCUCGUACCUGUAUCCACCGGAUGAUGUGCUGGAGGAGAUUGCGACGGGAAACAGCUCUGAACAGCCUCUUGCAGCAGCACCAUGGAAAUGGAACAUGAUGGCACAACCCUGGGCAAUCAGGUUCGCUACUCCAAGACCGUGGGAAAAACAUUCGAGUUUCAAACUUUUUUCUUUCAAGCUUUGUAGCAAUCGAUAGUGGCAUAAGGGAGGACAGCAGCAUCCUGCAUGCAGAGCCACAGGACUGGUUGCCUAUUGGUGUGCUUCUAAUGUACAGCGUAAAUGACCGACCCGUCUUUUAGUCUUGUGAGAAAAGAGGCCAAAAUGUUUAUCGUCA